AUAGUCUGUAUGGCUCAGAAAUUUUGAAUCAGCAGCUAAACUACAUUGUUCAGUUAGAGAAAUGGCUUGGUGACGUAAAGUCGUGGAAGUUAUGUUACCGUGCAACGGAUAAUGGUUGGGCAGGAUCUACCUUCCAUUCUCGGUGUGAUUUUAAGAAACCGACUGUCACCAUCAUCCGUUCUCGAUCCUACAUCUUUGGCGCGUACAGUGAUGUAGCUUUUGGAGGUUAGUUUAUAAUUGAAUUUUUUAUUUUGAAAUAAAAAGCAUGCUUGCAUGUAUAUCAUUCAAGCAAUAUAAAAAUGAAAAUUACGCAUCAAACUUCUUCACAGAAUUUUUCGAUUUUUUCUUGAAACAUUUUGAUCCGUAAAAAUUACUCAAAGUUACGACAAAAUUGUAUUAACAUUUACUCCAAUGAAAUCAGUGAAAAUCCUUUCAGUCAAUUACUAAUUUUCCUAACUCAAAUUUUGACCAGUGGCUAUCCGUAGCACGAAAAGCAUAAGACUGAGAUGUUGCAUAUAGUUUAGAUAUUUCAAUUGACAUUUCAGGUUCCAAUUUUCUUGGUUUCUCCUUUUUCUUUAGGUUCGUCAAAUUACAAGAGUAGUUCGAAUGCAUUUAUCUUCUCCUUCGUGAAUAAAGACAACCUCCCACCCUUCAAAUCUCCUGUCUACAGAUACAGUAGAAACGCUUUAUACACUAGAUCUACUUAUGGUCCCACAUUUGGUGGUGGUUAUGAUAUUCAUUGA